CCAACUUCCCGUAUCCAGCAACAGGUGGAAGAUGACUCACCGGUACGACAGCAGAUAUGAGCGCUACAACGGUCGUAGUGGUGUCGAACGCUACCAAAAAGACAGAUACGAUUACCACAGACCACAGCGUAGCGACCGUGAUAAGUUUGAUUCUCCGGGUUCUGGCUUGAAAAAACCGCGUUGGGACACAGAGCGACUCACUCCCGUUCAGAAAAACUUCUACAGGGAACAUCCUGUCGUUAGCGCCCGCUCGGAGAGAGACAUUGAAAUGUUUCGGCGUCAUCAGGAUAUUUCAGUGAGAGGCAGAGAUGUACCUAAACCAGUCUGUACAUUUCAGGAGCCAGGAUUUGAUGGUUACAUUAUGGGAGAACUAGCACGCAACCAGUUCAGAGAACCAACUCCAAUUCAAGCACAGGGUUGGCCUAUUGCGUUGUCUGGUCGUGACCUUGUAGGAAUUGCUCAAACUGGUUCCGGAAAGACACUCGCUUUUGUGCUACCUGCCUUGGUCCAUAUAGCUCAUCAACCACGUUUGCAACGGGGCGAUGGGCCAUUGGUGCUCGUGAUGUGUCCAACUCGUGAGUUAGCAAUACAAGUGCAGAAAGUCUCAGUUCAGUAUGGUGAAAUUGUCAACGCGCGAAGUGCCUGUAUUUAUGGUGGUGCAUCCAGGGGACCCCAGAUGAGAGACCUAGAAAGAGGAGUGGAGAUAUGUGUUGCAACACCCGGGCGGCUUCUGGAUAUGCUGGAGUGUGGCAAGACUAACUUACGUCGAUGCACUUAUUUGGUUCUUGACGAGGCUGAUCGCAUGCUAGACAUGGGAUUUGAACCUCAGAUCAGAAAAGUAGUUGAUCAAGUCAGACCUGAUAGGCAAACAUUGAUGUGGAGUGCAACGUGGCCGAAAGAGGUCCAAGCUCUUGCUGAGGACUUUCUUUGUGAUUACAUCCGAAUCAACAUCGGCUCUCUGAACACAUCUGCCAAUCAUAACAUCACGCAGAUUGUUGACGUUUUGCAUGAGGUGGAGAAGGAGUACAAGCUUGUUAACUUGCUGGAAGACAUUAUGGGAGGGAGUGAGAACAAGACCAUCGUGUUCGUUGAAACAAAACGGAAGGUUGAUGACAUCACACGAAGGCUUAGAAGAGACGGUUGGCCUGCUCUUUGUAUACAUGGUGACAAAGCUCAAAGCGAGAGGGAAUUCGUCUUACGAGAAUUUCGGUCAGGCCGUGUUCCGAUUCUUAUUGCCACAGAUGUAGCUGCUCGUGGACUGGAUGUAACAGACAUCAAAUAUGUCGUGAACUAUGACUACCCUAAUUCGUCUGAGGAUUAUGUGCAUCGUAUUGGUCGUACAGCAAGGGCCAAUAAUACGGGCACAGCAUAUACAUUCUUCACUCAUGACAACAUGAAGCAAGCUAGCGAUCUUAUCAAAGUGAUUGAAGAAGCAGGUCAGCCUGUAAACCCUCGUCUGAUGGAACUAGCGAACGAAGCAAGGGGCGCCAGUGGAAGCCGACGAAAUCGGUUUAGGGGUGGCCGUGGUGGUGGUGGUGGAGGAGGAUCUGGUAAGUAUCAGAAGUCGGAUAAUUUCAGGAGUGGCAGUCGCGGCGGACCUACCUACUCGGGAAGAGGAGGUAGCUCCAUGGGUCGUGGUCGGACCUCCACAAUGCAAUCCCUAGCCACCAUGCCUGUGCCACCUGUACCAUCCGUGCCACGUAUGACGUCCAGUUUCUCGAUGGCGAUGCCUCCGAGGUUGCCAUUGAUCGCGGCUUUUCCGCUUGUCAACUCUACCAUUCAACCUCGGCCACCUGGCAUAUGAAUGGUGAGGCGAGUAGAGGUAGGGAUGUGGUAGUGUUACUCAAACUGGUCUAUUGACAGUGUUGUUAUGAUGUAUGUGCAUGUAAUCUAUGUUAUGAGCCGAAAUGGUUGGUGAUGUAUUGAUCAUUCUAAGAUAUGUAUGUUAUACUGUU